AGGUUAUUUACUGAUUAUACUUGCUUAAAAUGCCGUUCAUCACACAAAGAAUUUUAAACUAGAAACCGGCUAUAGCAGUGGCUGAGAUCUUUAACACCACAAUUGAUUGACAUUAACAUUUUCUCUCAUUUUACCUUAAAGAUAUUUGGACAAUGUAAAGAGGUCCUGUGUUAGGCUUACUGUUUUUCUCCAGGAUAAAUCAAUGGUGAAAUGACAGGAAUGUGACAGAUAUUGAACGGAUCGGACUGAUCAACUUAUUUUGUUUUCGAGUUGUGUGUAAGAAUGAGGUCUGCGCAAAAACAACAUGUAAAUGACGUUGGGAAUGGAGUACGUUCGGCACUCUCCCUGUUUCUGACAGUUUUAGCCGUGAUUUUGCUGUGCGGGGGAUUUGUUAGCCCAGGAUGGAUUUACUUGGAUUCAUCGGACGAAUCUCAGCACGUGGGUUUGUGGUACACGGUUUCAUGUGACAGGAACACACCAACGGGCCAGAGGGAAUGUGAAACAUUCAGUCUUCUUCACUGGUCAACAGAGACCCGAGAUGCAUGGCUGACCAGUCAAGUCGAAACGUCCGUUGCUGUGGGUCUCUCGGUUUUCGCCUUGAUAUUACUGCUUUCCCAAAGAGGCUCUGGCGAUAGGAAAUCAAGAAAAGUGAUAGGGUUUUUCGCAAUCUUCGUUUGCUUUGCUGCAGGAAUUUUGGCGCUGAUCCCAGUUGGACAAAAGGGGAACCAUGUCAGGAAGUUGAGCAAAGACAGCUCGAAUGUGUCUUUCCCCUACUCACUGUUUCUGUUCGGCGUUGGAGGAGUUCUACUUUUCGUAGUUUCUCUUAUUUUGUUUUUUGACAUCAUGUUUAGCUAUCAAAAGCGGAAAUCAUAUGGAAAACUCGUUUCCCUGAAAAAUGGUUCUGGAAAUCAUUUGAAUCAUUCCAAAGAACCAGCGAAGAAAACGCACUUUGUUUAUGAGCAAAGUUAUGUUUCUGGCCAAGACCAGGCUGAUGGCAAAGUCGUUCAUAAGAAAUAUGAAGUCCCAGUCGUUGUUACAAACACGACCACCAGAAAUUCUUACCAGAAACCUGCUUCAGUAAAUGCAUCUUCACAACAGAACACGUCUGUUAAACAACAAGAGAUUAUACUAUCACCGACCGCAUACACAGCACAGCAAAUAGCGAAGACUCCAUCCCCUACAAUACAGGUUGCCCCUAACUACACGGCCUCAUCGAUAAAAGCUGCGACCUACACCCCAACAAAGUCAAGGGAAGUAAUCAGAACCACGUCUAGUUCUCCAACAAGAGAGAAAACCAGGACCCUUUCCACUUCUCCUACAUGGAAAAGACAGCAAGCUGAAGCACUUGCAGGAAACACCUUGGUGAUCACUUCCAAGAGACCAUCUUCCAAACUCAAACUACACACUUCUGGGAAAAAAUCAAGCACAAAUUUUACUUCCAAGCAUUACCUCUCCGUAGGAGGACUGUAACUGUAUUGUAGUUACGACGCAGAAAAUUCUUAGGCUGAAGGAAUUAAUGUACUUAUAAUAUAUAUUAUAUUUGUGAUGUUUUAUAGUGGUGCACAAUACAUUAUUUUUACUACUGUAGUAUAGAUAUUCUUUCGGUACAAUUGUUUCUUAUGGUUUUGAAUUAACAAUCACUACUUCCUAGUUUCAUGUAGUAUUAUGUAUCCCUACACUCAUUUUGUACACAGUAUUAGUAUAUAUUUUACUUAAUUAUGCCUAAUGAUGAAAUAAAAAAGAGUUGCGACAUUCUUAUUUUUAACUACAUAUUAUUAUUAUUAUAAUUAUUAUUACUAUAAGUGUAGAAACGAUGACUAGUUCAAUACCACAACACGAAGUAAGACCAGGAUGAGUUUAAAGGAGUUGAUACCCGCAUCUGUGUCAUGUCUACUGAUGGUUGCCGGUUUGGCAAGCCCAGGGUGGUUUUACUACAAAAUACACAUCAUUAACCUCAAUGCUACCCUGCAUGUGGGACUCUGGUAUACUGUGGAGUGUUCAGAAAACAGUUGUGAUGCGAAAUACAACAAACUCGAACUCAAGUUGGAGCAUACGGAAUCAGAUCGGAUGAUUGGCACCCUGGCUGUCAUGUUCUGUAUAAUAGCAGUUGGACUUGCAAUCAUUCAUCUCUUCUGCACCACCUCGGGCCCCACUGCAAAGAGAGUACUGAAAAUUGCCUUUAUUUGGGCAUGCGUUCUUGCAGGAGUCCUUGGACUGACGGUUUCCUCCAGAAUAGCGGAUGAGAUUCGAGAGGGGACAGCUCAGAAUUCGCAAUAUGUCAUUGCAACGACAUACUUCCCGUACUCGUUGGUUCUCCAUGGCGUAGGUGCUUCUGUCGCCCUAGCAACGACUGCCUUCCAUACCAGACUCCUGAUUUCAGUUGACCCGUCCUAAUUAUGUUAAAUUGAGGACAAAAUAAGGACAACAUGAGGACAAUUUAAAAAGAAAUGUGGGCCAAAAUUGGUAUACUCAUAAACAGUAAUCAUGUAUAUGUACAUGUAAUGCAAUAUAAAUCUGAAUAAAUUUAUAAGACA